UGCUCACGUUUGGGUAGAAAAUUGGGGAUAUUACGAUUCAAAUGAUCCAUCAACGGAGAAUCACUCGCGAGCAGAAAAUUUCAUGUUGAACUUUAUUGAUAAACGGUCUACGGAAGAGUUAGAAAAGCCGUAUAUCUUGCAGAAUAUGCUCACUAAUGAACAAAGUUUGUCGCUCGAGAAAUUGCGCUCUUUCGGUGGACAGGCAUUUUGGGCGUAUGCUGGAUUUGCGAGACUGGACGAUUCACCGCCUCAAUGGUUGGGUGUUCCGCCUCACGAGCCUGCUGGCUGGUAUUAG